UGAAGAUUAUGAUUAAGAUGUGCACGACAACGAUGGAGAAUCACAUCAUCAUCAUUAUCAUCUCAAUCGAAUGGCAAACAUAUCUAUAUGUGAUGGCCGAUUUUUUUUUCACCAUUUGCCAAUCGUGACAACACCAACACAAUGCAUAUCAUCAUAUCAACACCUUGUUGCAUAUCGAUUUAUCAAUAAAAAAAAACUAAAAAGAAAAGACAUACCUCUAUUAUCGAUGACAAUAUUGUAAGGAUUUUAUGAAUACCAUGUUCCGGGUGUUCGAAUUCAAGAUUCCGAGCAAAAUUUCUAUUUUCUUCACACGCUAUAUAUGAACGGUGCAUUUAUUUUUGAAUUUUAGCCGUUGAAAUUCAAUUUUUGUGUGUGCUGUGUUGCGUGAUCCCACCCUUUUUGUGGCUCAAACAAUUUUCAUGUCAAUGUCAUGUUGAGAUUUUUUUAAUUGUAACAACAAAAAUAAUUCAAAAUGACGUCCGAUAAAAUUUCGAAUAAAAAUGACCGUAAAAUUAUUGUGGAAGAGGAAUGGCAAAAACUGGUCCAGUCAAUAAAUCAACCGGCUGAUUAUAAUGAAAUAAACAAACGUUAUGAUCGUUGCUCAAAAUUGAUAAAUGAACAUCUACAUUUACGUGAUGAAUUGAAAAAAACUUUUGAUGAUAAUAUUCAGACAGUGUUACGUGAAUCAAAUCUGGAAUUCAAUGAUGAUGAUCCGAUUCCAACGUUGCCACAAUUGAUACAGAAUCAAAAACAAACAUUUGACCGAUAUCAACAAUCGAAACAAACACUCAACGAUAUAACACAUGAACAAUUGAAAUCAGAAGAACAAUUGAAAUCACUUCAAACAGAAAUUGAAACUUUACGCAAAAAACGAGAUCAGCUAAAACAAACCAUCGAUGAAAUAGUCAAUAAUAUUCGGGUAAAAUCAAAGAACAUUUAUCUUCAAACACAUAAUAACGAAUUGAUUGCUUGCCUUUUCAAUCACACUGAUGGCCAUUUACAGGAUUGUUUAAUCAAAAACAAAGAAAAUUCUACCAAAGAGGAUUUUUGGCGUGAUUUAAGUCGAAUAAUUUUGAAUGAUUGAAUGUACAAUGUACAUAUAUUUAUUGAAUUUUCAUUUUUUAUUUUUAUAAUGACAA